AUGUGUGUUGACUAUCGGGAUUUGAACAAAGCUAGUCCGAAGGAUGAUUUCCCUUUACCUCACAUUGAUGUAUUGGUUGAUAGUACUGCUAGAUGCAAGGUGUUCUCCUUCAUGGAUGGGUUUUCCGGGUAUAACCAGAUCAAGAUGGCUCCGAAAGAUAGAGAAAAGACGUCUUUCAUCACGCCAUGGGGCGCUUUCUGCUACUUAGUAAUGCCAUUUGGAUUGAUAAAUGCUGGCGCCACUUACCAGAGAGGCAUGACUAAAAUAUUCCAUGAUAUGAUACAUAAAGAGAUUGAAGUAUAUGUGGAUGAUAUGAUUGUCAAGUCAGGCACUGAAGAAGAACAUGCUGAGUAUUUGUUAAAGAUGUUUCAACGGUUGAGAAAGUACAAACUCCGAUUGAAUCCUAACAAGUGUACCUUCGGUGUUAGAUCUGGCAAGCUCUUGGGUUUCAUUGUCAGUCAGAAAGGUAUUGAAGUAGAUCCCGACAAAGUCAAAGCUAUCAGGGAAAUGCCAGCUCCAAAGACAGAGAAACAAGUUAGAGGCUUUUUGGGAAGAUUGAACUACAUCUCCAGAUUCAUCUCCCAUAUGACUGCCACAUGUGGACCGAUAUUCAAGUUACUCCGUAAAGAUCAGGGGAUCGUUUGGAUGGAAGAUUGCCAGAAAGCUUUUGAUAGCAUCAAAGGGUAUUUGUUAGAACCUCCGAUUCUUGUCCCUCUAGUUGAAGGAAGGCCUUUGAUCAUGUACUUGACUGUGUUGGAUGAUUCUAUGGGCUGCGUGCUUGGUCAACAAGACGAAACUGGAAAGAAAGAGCAUGCCAUUUACUACUUGAGUAAGAAGUUUACUGAUUGUGAGUCCCGAUAUUCUAUGCUUGAGAAAACUUGUUGCGCUUUGGCAUGGGCCGCUAAGCGUCUCCGUCACUACAUGGUUUACCACACUACUUGGUUGAUAUCCAAAAUGGAUCCGAUCAAGUACCUUUUCGAGAAGCCGGCGUUAACAGGAAGAAUUGCUCGUUGGCAGAUGUUAUUGUCUGAAUAUGAUAUUGUGUAUCGCACUCAGAAAGCCAUCAAGGGUAGUGUUCUUGCUAACCAUUUGGCUCAUCAACCAAUUGAAGACUAUCAGCCUAUCAAGUUUGAUUUCCCAGAUGAAGAGAUCAUGUAUUUAAAGAUGAAAGAUUGUGAUGAACCGUUGUUUGGUGAAGGUCCUGAUCCAGACUCUAAGUGGGGUUUGAUUUUUGAUGGAGCCGUCAAUAUCUUUGGUAAUGGAAUAGGGGCAGUUAUCCUUACUCCUAAAGGUACUCACAUCCCUUUCACUGCAAGACUCCGGUUUGAUUGCACGAACAAUAUUGCAGAAUAUGAAAUCAAAGGAAAAUGGGAAACUCACCAUGCUGGAAUGAUACCUUACAGAGACUAUGCCAGACGUUUAUUGACUUUCUUCAACAAGGUGGAGUUGCACCACAUUCCUCGGGAUGAGAAUCGAAUGGCAGAUGCCCUAGCAACUUUAUCUUCAAUGAUCAAGGUGAAUCGAGGCAACGACGUGCCUCUAAUCAGUGUCAAGUUCCUUGAUAGGCCCGCUUAUGUGUUUGUAGUCGAAGCAGUUUUUGAUGAUAAGUCGUGGUUUCAUGAUAUUAAAGUGUUUCUUCAAACUCAAGAGUACCCUCCUGGGGCAUCCCGUAAAGAUAAGAGAACUCUAAGAAGACUGUCUGGCAAUUUCUUCCUGAGUAGAGACGUCUUGUACAAAAGAAACUUUGAUUCAGUUUUGCUCAGAUGUGUGGACCGACGUGAAGCAGAUUUAUUAAUGCAUGAGAUACACGAAGGCUCGUUCGGGACUCAUUCUAGUGGAUAUUCAAUGGCUAAGAAGGCAUUGAGAGUAGGCUACUACUGGAUAACGAUGCAUGCUGAUUGUCAUCAUUAUGCCAAGAAGUGCCACAAGUGCCAAAUUUAUGCUGAUAAGAUUCAUGUUCCACCGUCUAUGCUCAAUGUUAUCUCUUCUCCAUGGCCGUUCUCUAUGUGGGGCAUUGAUAUGAUUGGUCGAAUCGAACCAAAAGCUUCCAAUGGACAUCGUUUCAUACUAGUGGCUAUUGACUACUUCACCAAAUGGGUCGAAGCGGCAUCUUAUGCCAAUGUGACCAAACAAGUAGUAGUCCGAUUUAUCAAGAACAAUAUCAUAUGCCGUUAUGGCGUUCCCAACAAGAUCAUCACGGAUAAUGGCACAAAUUUGAACAAUAAAAUGAUGAAGGAAUUAUGUGAUGGUUUCAAGAUCGAGCAUCAUAACUCUUCUCCUUAUAGACCUCAGAUGAAUGGUGCGGUCGAAGCUGCAAACAAGAAUAUUAAGAAGAUCGUGCAGAAGAUGGUGGUUACCUAUAAAGACUGGCAUGAGAUGUUGCCCUACGCUUUGUAUGGUUAUCGUACUUCAGUACGUACUUCAACAGGGGCAACCCCUUUUUCUUUGGUAUAUGGGACGGAAGCGAUACUUCCGGUAGAAGUUGAAAUCCCGUCAUUGAGGGUCUUGAUGGAAGCCGAGCUGUCAGAGGCUGAAUGGUGUCAAAAUAGGUAUGAUCAGUUGAAUUUGAUUGAGGAAAAACGCAUGGCUGCUUUAUGUCAUGGACAGCUAUAUCAGACAAGGAUGAAACAAGCGUUCGAUAAAAAGGUUCAUCCCCGUGAAUUUAAAGAAGGUGACCUGGUGGUCAAGAGUAUCACGUCUUUCCAACCAGACCCUAGGGGAAAGUGGACACCUAAUUAUGAAGGUCCCUAUGUGGUGAAAAGAGCUUUUUCUGGUGGUGCUUUAAUUCUUACAACUAUGGAUGGAGAGGAGUUACCUCGUCCUGUGAAUUCUGAUGCAGUCAAGAAAUACUUUGUCUCGCAUAUUCGUCUUUACCUAAUUCACGGGUCGUCUUUACCAAUUCUAAAGAGGUAA